GCUAGAUACAUAAACGUAGGUGAAUCUUUUUAUAUAUUCAUAAUACCUUACCUACAGGUAUAUUUCAGUAAUCAUCAUGGCCGAAUACGAAGCUCGCCGGCUUGAGAAUAUCAAGCGUAACCAGGCUCUUGUGAAAAAUCUAAAUCUAGGACUCCAUAAUAGCAGCUAUUCAAGCAAAGCAUAUCAAAAAGUCAAAGAUCACUACCCAUCUCCUGCAAAACGCCGCAGGCUCUAUAUUAAUUCCCCUAGGCGGUCGUCGGCUCGUAUUGCAAAUGCUUUAGCAAAGCCACCUAAUAAUCCUAGAGAUAUGCAAGACGAUUCAUCAGAUUCGUCAAGUAAUCGGCCGCAUAAAAGCCGGGCAACAAAACCUAGUCUAGACAUUGACGCUCUAGUUACAAAAUGGUCUUCGUGGACUCUUGCCGCACCUCCCCCAACGCGCGACGACGAGGGGAACUAUCACUUCGCGUCGCACCCCACAUUCACCCCCAAUAAGUCCCCCGAGGCCAUCAUUCGCGAGGGUUCCUUCGGCGGAACCUACUGGCGCCCCCUUUACUCCCGACACCUUCGCACCACCAUAACCGACGACUGGAAAGAAUUACCAGCGGAAUGGACCGAGGGCCUCGACGUAGGAAAGUACCUUACCAGCGAGACCGUCAACCCGGAGGUUAACAAGUACGGGGUCGCAUGUGGGCAGACUAUCGAGCAGUGGGAAGCCUCCGGGUGGAUCAUGCACGAAUACGACGUCCGCGGCUGGUUUCAGUGGUACUGUAGAUUCUGGCAAGGACGUCGCUGUCCGGACGAUAACCGUCAAGUAAGUAGGUGGCAGAGGUGUGUUGGGGAAAAGGGAAGAUGGCGCAGGGUUCUCCUUAAGGGGUACGUGGAAAAUGGUAUACGUAGCGUAACUGAUGAGGGAAAUGACCAUCAGAAGGAAGAUGUGAGUCCUGCUAUACAUCAGACGUGCCAUCAUUGGGCUUGGGAAGUCAGGCAGGAGGCAUUAGAUCGAUUUUGGGAAGAGAGCGAGUAG